UUACAUGUGGAACGUCAGAGGUGGCUUAGGGGACAACAGGCCAGACCAGACCAAGGAAGGCUGGACUCCAGGCCAACCCUCAGUGAACGACCACAAGACGUUCUCCUGUAGAACUAGCCUCUGGCAUGCCAUUUCUAUAAUGAGUCAACAAGGUUAUGUGGCGACGCCGCCUUAUUCUCAGUCCCAGCCUGGAAUAGGCCUCACUCCACCUCACUACGGCCACUAUGGGGAUCCCUCACCCAUAGCUUCUCCACCAGGUACGAUGAAACCUUUGGGGGCCACUGCUCCCGGGAUGAUGCAGCCUCCGGGCCCUCCACCUCCUGGACCUCAUCAGUUUGACCAGAAUGGAGCUCGGGCCUCAGGACACCCUCCCCAAAGAUUUCCAGGCCCUCCACCUGUCAACAGUGUGGCACCCUCUUACACAUCGUACCCACCCUCAGCACAGUCGUCUUACGCAAGUCCUGUAUCCACUUCAUCCAUGACCCAGCUGGGCAAUCAGCUCAAUGCUCUGCAGGUCAACAGCUAUGGUUCUCGCAUGGCUUCCCCGAGCCAAGGACCCGCAGGCCCUCCAUCAGUGGGAUCUUUCCCAAGUCCUCCACGACCACCACAGCCGUCCAUUUUGCAACCCGGAUCUCAGGUUUUGCCACCACCACCUGCCACCCUAAAUGGUCCUGGUGCCUCACCUCUGUCUCCACCAACGCACAGGCAGGAUGGCCCCCUGGGACCUGCUCCUCCCAACGCCCAGUACCAGCCCCCGCCUCUUCCAGGCCAGGCCCUGGGUGCUGGAUAUCCUCCGCAGCAGGCCAACUAUGGCCCCCCAAUGGCAGGCUCACAGCUUUCCUACCCAGGAGGCUUCCCAGGAGGCCCUGCGCAGAUGGCUGGUCCGCCUCAGCCCCAGAAGAAGCUGGAUCCUGAUUCCAUCCCCAGCCCAAUCCAGGUGAUUGAAAAUGAUAGAGCCACCAGAGGAGGACAAGUUUAUGCCACCAACACCAGAGGCCAAGUCCCUCCCCUGGUCACUACAGAUUGUGUGAUACAAGACCAAGGCAAUGCUAGUCCUCGAUACAUCCGUUGUACGACAUACUGUUUCCCGUGCACGUCAGACAUGGCUAAGCAAGCUCAGAUUCCAUUAGCUGCUGUCAUCAAACCCUUCGCUACAAUUCCUUCAAAUGAGACUCCCCUUUACUUGGUGAAUCAUGGAGAAAACGGACCCGUCAGAUGCAACAGAUGCAAGGCCUACAUGUGCCCGUUCAUGCAGUUCAUCGAAGGAGGAAGGAGGUACCAGUGUGGGUUUUGCAACUGUGUGAAUGAUGUUCCACCAUUCUAUUUCCAACAUCUGGACCACAUUGGAAGAAGACUGGACCACUAUGAGAAGCCAGAGUUAUCUCUCGGCUCUUAUGAAUACGUUGCUACAUUGGAUUACUGCAGAAACAAUAAGCCUCCCAACCCACCAGCCUUUAUCUUCAUGAUCGAUGUUUCAUACAGUAACAUAAAGAAUGGACUGGUCAAGCUCAUUUGUGAAGAACUGAAAACCGUGCUGGAAAGACUUCCGAAGGAAGAACAAGAAGAGACAUCUGCAAUUCGAGUUGGUUUCAUCACAUACAACAAAGUUCUCCAUUUCUUUAAUGUCAAGAGUAAUUUGGCCCAGCCUCAGAUGAUGGUGGUGACUGAUGUUGGAGAGGUCUUUGUUCCUUUGUUGGAUGGUUUUCUUGUCAACUAUCAAGAGUCUCAAUCUGUGAUUCACAAUUUACUGGACCAGAUUCCAGAGAUGUUUGCAGACUCUAAUGAAAAUGAGACUGUCUUUGCUCCUGUUGUUCAGGCUGGCAUGGAAGCACUAAAGGCAGCGGAGUGUCCCGGAAAGCUGUUUAUCUUCCAUUCCUCCUUGCCGACUGCCGAAGCACCAGGGAAGCUCAAAAACAGAGACGACAAAAAACUGGUUAAUACAGACAAAGAGAAGUUACUUUUCCAGCCCCAGACAAAUGUCUACGAGUCACUGGCCAGGGACUGCGUGGCUCACGGCUGGCCUGUGGCGCUCUUUCCCAGUCAAUAUGUGGACGUGGCUUCUCUGGGGCUGGUUCCUCAGCUCACUGGAGGAACCCUUUACAAAUACAGCAACUUCCAGAUGCGCUUGGAUAGCCAACAAUUUCUGAAUGACCUCAGAAAUGAUAUUGAAAAGAAAAUAGGCUUUGAUGCUAUCAUGAGGGUUCGUACCAGCACAGGCUUCCGAGCCACUGAUUUCUUCGGCGGAAUUUUUAUGAACAACACCACUGACGUUGAAAUGGCCGCCAUAGAUUGCGACAAGGCAGUGACCGUGGAGUUCAAACACGAUGACAAACUUGGUGAGGACAGUGGAGCUUUAAUCCAGUGCGCUGUGCUUUACACGACAAUCGGUGGUCAAAGAAGACUUCGGAUUCACAAUCUCGGCUUAAACUGCAGCUCCCAGUUAGCCGAUCUGUAUAAGAGCUGUGAGACAGACGCCCUUAUCAACUUCUUUGCCAAGUCAGCUUUUAAAGCAGUUCUACAGCAGCCUCUGAAGGUCAUCCGGGAAAUUCUAGUUAAUCAGACUGCUCACAUGUUGGCAUGCUACCGAAAGAAUUGUGCAAGUCCUUCUGCAGUAAGCCAGCUUAUCCUACCAGAUUCCAUGAAAGUAUUGCCAGUGUACAUGAACUGUUUGUUGAAAAACUGUGUGCUACUCAGCAGACCAGAGAUCUCCACAGACGAGCGGGCAUACCAGAGACAGCUGGUCAUGACCAUGGACGUGGCUGACUCGCAGCUGUUCUUCUACCCACAGCUCCUGCCAAUACACACCCUAGAUGUCAAGAGCACAAUGUUACCCACUGCCCUCCGCUGCUCUGAGUCCCGGCUUUCAGAAGAAGGCGUAUUCCUGCUGGCGAACGGUCUCAACAUGUUCUUAUGGUUGGGAGUAAGUAGCCCACCGGAACUGAUCCAAGGAAUAUUUAACGUGCCAUCUUUCGCACAUAUCAACACAGACAUGACAUUGUUGCCUGAGAUAGGAAGCCCAUACUCUCAACAACUCAGAAUGAUAAUGAGUAUUAUUCAACAAAAGAGGCCAUAUUCAAUGAAGCUCACAAUAGUCAAGCAACGGGAGCAGCCAGAAAUGGUGUUCCGGCAGUUCCUGGUAGAAGACAAAGGACUUUAUGGAGGAUCCUCUUAUGUGGAUUUCCUUUGCUGUGUUCACAAGGAGAUCUGUCAGCUGCUUAAUUAAUUUAAUCUUCUCUAUUGUCAAUGUUGCAUUUCUGAGGAGUGACUCUCCUUCUUGGUGCCUAAUUUUCCAGAUGAUAAUAUUCUAGUUUUGAUUUCUUGCUCAUUUUCAGAAUAGCUUUCCAAGACAGCAUUUAGAACUUCAGCUUUGGUGCUCAGGUAUCAAGCCAAUGAAGGUACAAUUGUACCAUAAAGGGAACAGUCUAUUUCUGCACAAUUUUUUUUUUUAAUUUUAAAAUUGAUGCAUUUUUCAUUUCAUGAAAGCAUAGUUUACAGAAACAAACAUUCUCAAUUUCCAUCCUUUGUGCUACACAUAUAAAUUAUUUUUCAACCUGUAUAGAUUUGGAGUAAAAACUUAUCUUGGAUUCUCUCCCAUUUAUAGUGAGGGGAAAAAUACCUAAUUUUUACAUUAUAGCUAAUUUUUUUAAAACCAUGUAACUUCAUUGAACACAUUUUCCAACCUAAGUUUGCAAAGCAGACUUUCAAUAACUUUGGAAUCUGGUAGAACAAUUUGUGUUCUACAUUUUUUUCAUAAUUAUAUAUUGUGUAUGUUAAAACUAUUUUCCAGUUGUUGUUUUGUCUAUAAAACUGUCUAUCAAUAUUCUUAAUGGUUCUUUGUACAAUUUUGAAGGUUUCUACCUGUAUAUAAUGGAUCUUAACCAGUAUCAAUAAAUCUCUUCAUAUACUCUUAGAAGGUACAAUUUUUUAAAUGUAUUUUGAGAUUUUUCAAGUGUCUUGGCAAAAAUUUGCCCGAUCACUAAGAACAAAUCAUGAAAACAUUUUUUUUGGAGGGUUAAGGAGUGUUAAAUAAUAUAUUUAGGGAAUAUCAGAGACGGUAUACUUGAGAAAGACACUUAAAAAGUUCUUUAAUAUAUCUUUGUGGACUAAAUAAAUAGAAACAGGCUAUGUGAGACUGUUCAUUAUUAAUGAAUAUGAAUAAACCUAGGAGAAUGGU